AUGUCUAUUAAGUUAAAUACCGGGGCUGAAAUGCCUCUCACUGGUUUUGGUGUCUGGAAAGUCGCCAAAAGUUCUUGUGCUGAUACCGUUAUCAAUGCCCUUAAGGCCGGUUACAGAACCUUCGAUUGUGCUGCCGACUACGGUAACUGUGUUCAAGUUGGAGAAGGUUUUAAACAAGCUUUUGAAUCUGGUUUAGUCAAGAGAGAAGAUGUUUUCAUCACUUCCAAGUUGUGGAACUCGUACCACGACCCUGAGGUGGUUGAAAAGGCUUUGGACAGAAUCUUGUCCGACAUGCAAUUGGAGUACCUUGACUUAUUCUUGAUGCAUUUCCCCAUUUCUUUCAAGUACGUGCCAUUUGAAGAAACAUAUCCUUCUGGGUUCGGAACCAAGUCAGAGAUCGAAUUGGCUGAUGUGCCAAUCAUUGACACUUGGAGAGUCAUGGAAAAGAUCUACAAGGCUGGAAAGAAAGUCAAGGCCAUUGGAGUAUCCAACUUCAACGGAGGUCUUUUGACUGAUUUGAUCAAGCAGGCUGAAGUUGUGCCAGCUGCUUUACAAAUUGAGCACCACCCAUACUUGCAACAAUCUCAAUUGGUGAGAUUCGCCCAACACAAGGGUGUGGCCAUCACUGCCUACUCAUCAUUCGGUGGUAACAGUUACCUUGAAUUGGACAACCCCGCAGCAAAGAGCUCUCCUAACUUGCUUGAACACGCCACCAUCACUGCCAUCGCUGAUAAGCACGGUAAGACUAGUGCUCAGGUUUUGUUGAGAUGGGCCACCCAGAGAAACAUUGCUGUGAUUCCAAAGUCCAACAAUCCUAACAGAUUGAAGGAGAACUUGGAGUUCAAUGACUUUAAUUUGACUGACGAGGACUUUGAUGCCAUCAGAGAGUUGGAGAGAAACUUGAGAUUCAACGAUCCAAAGGAUUGGGCUGGACCAAACCUCUGUAUUUUCUGA